UUUAUUUUAUGUGACUAUGCCGAUGAAACGCAGCAGUGAGAGUUCAGACAGAGAUGGAGUUUUUCUUAUUCACUCUCUCACCAAGACUUUGUGCAGCUCACCAGAGGAGACACACACAGACUUUCACGGACAGACGCUUUUUCAUCAGGAGGAGGAUUCUGGGAUCAAAUCAGAAGCAGAGGACAGUAACGAGACGCCGUCCUCGGAGGAAGACCAGGACCUGCUGGACUUUAACCCGGACAUCAAACAGAGCAUCUCGUCUUCCAGGAAAACCAUCAGUCAGAUCAUCAAGGACAAGAAGAAGCAGACACAACUCACGCUGCAGUGGCUGGAGGAGAAUUACAUCGUGUGUGAAGGAGUGUGUCUGCCUCGAUGCAUCCUCUACGCUCACUACCUGGACUUCUGCAGGAAGGAGAAACUAGAGCCGGCCUGCGCUGCUACGUUUGGAAAGACGAUCCGACAGAAGUUUCCUCUCCUAACAACGAGAAGACUGGGCACCAGAGGACACUCCAAAUACCAUUACUAUGGAAUUGGCAUCAAAGAGAGCAGCGCUUACUAUCACUCUGUGUAUUCAGGGAAAGGUUUGACCAGAUUUUCAGGGAGCAAGCUCAAGAACGAGGGAGGUUUCACCAGGAAAUAUUCAUUGAGCUCUAAAACUGGAACGUUGCUUCCCGACUUUCCCAACGCUCAGCACCUCCUCCUGCAGGGAAACAUCUCCAGAGAAAAGGUGGACACUCUGAUCAUGAUGUAUAAAACACACUGCCAGUGCAUCCUGGACAACGCCAUUAACGUCAACUUUGAGGAGAUCCAGAAUUUUCUGCUGCAUUUCUGGCAGGGGAUGCCCGACCACCUGCUGCCGCUGCUGGAGAACCCGGUUAUAGUCGACAUCUUCUGCGUCUGUGACUCCAUCCUCUAUAAGGUUCUAACAGAUGUUCUGAUUCCAGCUACAAUGCAGGAGAUGCCUGAAAGUCUGUUGGCAGAUAUCCGCAACUUUGCCAAACACUGGGAGCACUGGCUGGCCUCGUCCCUGGAAAACCUCCCAGAAUGCCUUGCGGCAAAGAAGCUUCCCAUUGCACGCCACUUUGUUUCCUCUCUGAAGAGACAGACGUCAUUCCUACACCUGGCACAGAUAGCACGUCCGGCGCUGUUUGACCAGGCUGUGGUGACCAGUAUGGUGCUGGACAUCGAUAACGUGGAUCUGAGCAGCAUCAGCUCUCAGCCUCUGCUCAGCAUCAACACAUCUGGAGACCAGGACCCCGACAUCUACUCUGAGUACGACUCCAUCACCGUGUUCCAGGAGCUGAAGGAGCUGCUGAGGAAGAACGCCACGGUGGAGUCCUUCAUCGAGUGGCUGGACUCUGUGGUGGAGCAUAAAGUCAUCAAGCCGGGGAAGCAGAGCGGUCGCUCAGUGAAGAAGCGAGCUCAGGACUUCCUGCUCAGGUGGAGCUUCUUUGGAGCCAGGGUGAUGCACAACCUCACGCUUAACAACGCCUCCAGCUUUGGCUCCUUCCAUCUGAUCCGGAUGCUGUUGGACGAAUACAUCCUGCUGGCUCUGGAGACUCAGUUCAACAACGACAAGGAGCAGGAUCUGCAGAACCUGCUGGACAAAUACAUGAAAAAUGCAGAUGCGAGCAAAGCAGCGUUCAUGGCCUCUCCCAGUUCCUGCUUCCUAGCCAACCGAAACAAGGCCAGCGCUGCCAUCGACCAAUCAGUGAAGAAUGAGUCUCUGGGAGAACACGCCUACAUGUCGCUCUCCACCAAUCAGCAGCAGGGUCUGGAAACGAGCACGGUCAUCUACCAGGGCACAGAGACGGCUGGGUUCACUGUCUCAGGUGGUCAGAUGGACUUCUCUCAGGUGAGCGGCCCCCUCAUGACGCCCCCCAUCUCUCCGGCGGCGUUAGUGCACCGAGGCUCCGUCAUCAACCAGGGGCCCAUGACGGGGAGGCCCCUGACUACUUCCUCUUCGUCCUCCACCUGCUCCUCCUCCACCUCCUCCUGCCUGUCCUCCCUCAGCGCCAUGACCCAGCCCGGCCCCUGCUCUUCAUACCCGGAGACCCUGUACCACUGCGUCCCUCAGACCAACUCCAGCUACUUCCCUUCAACCGGCGGCUCCACGACUUCAAACUACCAGCCUGCCCUCAGGCCUCAGACUCAGAGCCAGUGUCUGGCUUCGGUCCAGUCUUCCUCGCUGGCCUACCAUCUCUCUCGGUACCAGAACUUCAGCGACCAGCAGCUGAGUAAAGACGUCUUCUACCACCCGUCCUCCAACAGCACCAGCUGCUCCCUGAGUUACGGCUCUGCGGUGCGACCCGGCUACACGUCAGGCUCGGACGCAGUUGAACCGGGACUUGACGCUCAGAUCCUGGACUCUGCAGAGUUCAGCUUUGUCGGAGCCGGACUGAACCUCGGGGCCGGUGGAUGCCAGGGCCAGACGUACUCUGCUGCAGGACACAGCGGUUACUAUGGGAACAGCAGUUACCUGGACAGCCAGCGAAUGACGUCACUGGUGGAUCAGCACGUGUCGGUGAUCAGCACGGUGGGCAGCCUGCGUCCGUUCCCCUCGGCGUACUCAGAGGUCCACGAUCCGCUCAACAUCCUGGACGAACCCGGGAGGAAAACUACCGGAGCGUACUUCAUCGAGGCCGAACCCGGAGCAGAUCAUUCCCUCCCCUCGUCAGGGUCAGCUCCCUGCAUGUUUGGAGUCCCGUCUCCGUUCACCUCCCAGGAUGCUUUGCUCUCGCAGCAGCAGCAGCAGCAGCGUGUGCAGUCUUCGUCAGAUGUGCAGGACCUGGUGUCCUCGCUGCCUCCCAUCAACACUGUCUUCAUGGGAGCAGGGGGAGUACAAUGACUGCAGGAAACACACACUACCUAAGUAAAAACUAAAUCUGAAAUGGAUGUGACAGAAACAUAGGGCCUCAUGCAUGAAGAUAUAAGUAUGAAGUAUUUACAGAGAAUGAACUACAUGACAUUUAUUUAUAUCUCCUUCUGUGUUAUAAACCAGAAAGAGAGGAGCAAAGGAAAAGUAUUUAUUUGUAUAAAAAUGUGGAUAGAUUUAAAAACAUACAAAUUAUAACAACAGUCAUUAUGAUACAGAUAUUUAUAGC